CAGUGAAUUCGAUUUUUUGUCCAUUCAAUUUGUCCAUCUUUUUUUGUUGAAGAAUUGCAAUUAGUAUAUUUAACUAAGCGCAAAACGAAUCGUCAAAUUGCCAAAGGUGUGCAAGAAUUGUUGUUUACAUAGCGCAGACGAGAGCACUUGCUUUAAUUUCUUAUGACUUGUGAGAGCGCGAGCGAAACGUCGGUCCCCCUUGUUUCCGCGUCCACAUAUAUGUAUGUACAUUUUUGGUUUUGGAUUCUAUAGAACAUUUAAAGAUACGCAAGAUGGGCAAACCUGAACGAUCGGUUUUUAUUGCAGGUGUAAGAAAAGCCAUCAGAAGUAACGCGAAAAGCUAAACAAAAGUAGGAUGGAAUCCGCAAUAAAAAUGGAAAUACCAGAGGAAGAGAUAGACAAAGUUCGGCUCGGGAUGGAUAUAAAUGAAUUGCCACCGGAUCAAAUGGAAUACAUGCCGGAAGAUGAGUGCAAAGCAAAUACACCCACAAGUAUUUUCAGUUCUCGGGAUGCUAAUAGUUUGCCCGCCUAUAGCUCCAAUCAAAGACAGUCUAGCCAUCUGCUCGAUAACACAAAUCCAAUAAACAGCGAGCUUUGUGUCCGGUCCGAGCUGCUUGAAAUAGAAAACUGGGAGCUGGCCGAGCAAGAUAGAGAAAUAGGCCGCAGCAAAGAAGUCAAGGAUAGUUUCAAAAACAUUAAGGAGAAACAUACGGAACCUAGCUUAAAGAGCCACAAAGAAUGCAGUGCUGCUGCUAACGAGCCUAAAAUAGAUGCUAAAAAAACAAAAUUUAUAUGCCCACAAUGCCCAAAGGCCUAUAAGAAUAAAUCUACCCUCAAAUUGCACAUUCGUACGCAUACGUGCGAGCGACCAUUUCAGUGUCCACAUUGCCCCAAAGCCUUUAAACAGUUCAUGCAUCUGCGCAACCACAUAUCUAAUCAUGAGGGAAAAGCUGCCUUUAAGUGUCCGCACUGCAGAAAAUACUUUAUAGAGAAAGCCAAGUACGAUGAACACACGCGUUUUCAUAUUGGCUACCGGGCUUACAAAUGUCUGCACUGUCCAAAAAUCUAUACUACUAUUUCAAUGUUUAAAGAACACAUUUUAACUCAUCCUGCAAAUAACAGUGAGGUAAAUGUCCAGUCUGAACGGGUUGAUAUAGAAAACUCGAAGCUGGCCGGGCAAGAUAAUGAAAUAGGCUGCAGCAAUGAAGUAAAGGAUGAGGAGGAUAACAUUGAAGAGGAACAACCUGAACUAAGCUUAAAGAGCUACGAAGAAUGCACCGUGGAGCACAACGAAGUUGUCCAACCAACUGCUGUUAAUGAGCCUAGAAAAGAUGCUGAAAAGAAACAAUUUAUAUGCCCACAGUGCCAAAAGGUCUAUAAGAAUACAUCCAGCCUCAAUGUUCACAUUCGUAAGCAUUCGAGCGAACGACCAUUUCAGUGUCCGCAUUGCCCCAAAUCAUUUAAAAUAUUCGGGAUUCUGCGCUCCCACAUAUCUACUCAUAAGGGGAAAACUGCAUUUAAAUGUCCACACUGCAGAAAAUUCUUUUUAGAGAAAGCUAAGUACGAUGAACACACGCGUUAUCACAUUGGCCACCGGGCUUACAAGUGUCUACACUGUCCAAAAAUAUUUACUACUAUUUCAUUUUUUAAAGAACACACUUUAACUCAUCACGCAUAUAACAACGAUGUAAAUGUUCAGUCCGAGCUGCUUGAAACUGAAAACUCGGAGCUGGCCGAGCAAGAUAAUGAAAUAGGCUGCAGCAAUGAAGGAAAUGAUACUGAAGUAACCAUUAAGGAGGAACAAACUGAACUAAGCUCAAACAGCUACGAAGAAUGCACCGUGGAGCGCUACGAAAUUGGCGCUCCUCUUGCCGCUGACGAGUCUAGAAUGGAUGCUGAAAACAAACAAUUUAUAUGCCCACAGUGCCAAAAGGUCUAUAAGAAUACAUCCAGCCUCAAUGUUCACAUUCGUAAGCAUUCGAGCGAACGACCAUUUCAGUGUCCACAUUGCCCCAAAUCAUUUAAGGUGUCCGAGAAUUUGCGCUCCCACAUAUCUACUCAUAAGGGAAAAACUGCCUAUAAGUGUGCGCACUGCAGAAAAUACUUUUUAGAGAAAGCCAAGUACGAUGAACACACGCGCGUUCAUAUUGGUCACCGGCUUUACAAAUGUCCGCACUGUUCAAAAAUCUAUACUCAUAUUACAUUUUUUAAAGAACACAUUUUAACUCAUUCCGCAAAUAACAGUGAGGUAAAUGUCCAGUCUGAACGGCUUGAAAUGGAAAACUCCGAGCUGGCCGGGCAAGACAAUGAAAUAGGCUGCACCGAAGAAGUAAAUGAAAGUUUAAAAACCAUUAAGGAGGAAGAAAGUGAACUAAGUUCAAACAGCUACGAAGAAUGCACCGUGGAGCGCUACGGAAUUGGCGAUCCUCUUGCUGUUGACGAGCCUAGAAAAGUUACUGAAAAGAAACAAUUUAUAUGCCCACAGUGCCAAAAGGCCUUCACGACCAAAUUAAUCCUCACAAGUCACUUACGUACGACGCAUUCGGAUGAACGACCAUUUCCGUGUCCACAUUGCCCGAAAACAUUUAAAACUUUCUGGAUUCUGCGCUCCCACAUAUCUACUCAUAAGGGAAAAACUGCCUAUAAGUGUCCGCACUGCAGAAAAUACUUUUUAGAGAAAGCCAAGUACGAUGAACACACGCGCUAUCAUGUUGGUCACAAGGCUUACAAAUGUCUACACUGUCCAAAAAUAUUAGCUACUAUUUCAUCAUUUAAAGCACACAUUUCCAUUCAUCCCGCAUAUAACAGUGAGAUAAAUGUGCAGUCUGAACGGGUUGAAAUAGAAAACUCGAAGCUGGCCGGGCAAGAUGAUGAAAUAGACUGCAGCAAUGAAGUAAAUGAUCAGGAGGAUAACAUUGAAGAGGAACAAACCGAACUAAGCUUGAAGAGCUACGAAGAAUGCACCGUGGAGCACCACGAAGUUGUCAAUCCUACUGCUGCUAAUGAGCCUAGAAUAGAUGCUGAAAAGAAACAAUUUAUAUGCACACAGUGCCAAAGGGCCUUCAAGACCAAAUUUAUGCUCACAAAUCACUUACGUACGACGCAUUCGGACGAACGACCAUUUCAGUGUCCACAUUGCCCGAAAACAUUUAAAACAUUCGGGAUUCUCCGCUCACACGUAUAUACUCAUGAUGGGACAACUGCCUAUAAGUGUCCGCACUGCAGAAAAUACUUUAUAGAGAAAGCCAAGUACGAUGAACACACGCGCGUUCAUAUUGGGCACCGGCUUUACAAAUGUCCACACUGUUCAAAAAUCUGUACUCAUCAUACAAGGUUUAAAAACCACAUUCGAAUUCAUCACGCAAACAACAGUGAGGGACAAACUGAACUAAGCUUAAGGAGCUACGAAGAGUGCUCUAAUGCUGAUAACGAACCUACAAUAGAUGCUAAAAAAACAAAAUUUAUAUGCCCACAAUGCCCAAAAGCCUAUAAAUAUAAAUCUAGCCUCAAAUUGCACAUUCGUACGCAUACGUGCGAACGACCAUAUCAGUGUCCACAUUGCCCCAAAGCCUUUAAACAGUUCAUGGUUUUGCGCUCACACGUAUAUACUCAUAAGGGGAAAACUACAUAUAAAUGUCCGCACUGCAGAAAAUACUUUAUAGAGAAAGCCAAGUACGAUGAACACACGCGCUGUCACAUUGGCCACCGGCUUUACAAAUGUCCACACUGUUCAAAAAUCUGUUCUGAUCAGACAAGGUUUAAAAAACACAUUCUAAUUCAUCACGCAAACAACAGCGAGGUAAAUGUCCAGUCCGAGCUGCUUGAAAUAGAAAACUGGGAGCUGGAUGAGCAAGAUAAUCAAAUAGACGACUUCAGCAAUGAAGUAAAGGAUAGUGAAGUUAACAUUAAGGAAGAACAAACUGAACUAAGCUCAAACAGCUACGAGGAAUGCACCGUUGAGGGCUACGAAAUUAGCAAUCCUCUUGCUGUUGACGAGCCUAGAAAAGUUACUGAAAAGAAACAAUUUAUAUGCCCACAGUGCCAAAAGGCCUAUAAGAAUACAUCCAGCCUCAAUGCUCACAUUCGUAUGCAUUCGAGCGAACGACCAUUUCCGUGUCCAUAUUGCCCGAAAACAUUUAAAACAUUCUGGAUUCUGCGCUCCCACAUAUCUACUCAUAAGGGAAAAACUGCCUAUAAGUGUCCGCACUGCAGAAAAUACUUUUUAGAGAAAGCCAAGUACGAUGAACACACGCGCUAUCACAUUGGCCACCGCGCUUACAAGUGUCUACACUGUCCAAAAAUAUUUACUACUAUUUCAUUAUUUAAGGGACACAUUUUAAUUCAUCCCGCAAAUAACAGUAAGAUAAAUAUCCAGUCUGAACGGGUUGAAAUAGAAAACUCAAAGCUGGCCGGGCAAGAUAAUGAAAUAGGCUGCAGCAAUGAAGUGAAGGAUAUGGAGGAUAACAUUGAAGAGGAACAAACUGAACUAAGCUUGAAGAGCUACGAAGAAUGCACCGUGGAGCGCUACGAAACUGGCGAUCCUCUUGCUGUUGACGAGCCUAGAAUAGAUGCUAAAAAGAAACAAUUUACAUGCCCACAUUGUCAAAAGGCCUUUAAGACCAAAUUAGGCUACACAAAUCACUUACGUACGCAUUCGGACGAAUGACCAUUUCAGUGUCCACAUCGUCCCCAAGCCUUUAAACAGUUCAUGCAUCUGCGCAUCCACAUUUUACUCAUGUAGGUAAAGCUCCCUUAAGGUGUAUUCACUGCAGAAAACAGUUUUCAGAGAAUGCAAAGUACGAUGAGCACAAGCCCUGUCACAUUGGUUGGUCACCGGGCUUACAAGUGUCUACACUGUCCAAAAAUCUGUCAUCGUGCUGACACGCUCAAAUCGCACCUUAGAAGUCAUAACACAAAAAUUG